UAUAUUCACAUGUAAAGUUAGGUUUUUCCAAGUUUUGUGUUUUAAGACCUAAAUGGUGUGUUUUGCCAAACUCAUCAGGAACCCAUUCUGUGUGCGUUUGUAUCUACCAUCAAAACAUGAAGUUAAUUCUACUACCCAUUAAAAUUGAUUACCACGAACUAUAUAAAUUUAUUGUUUGUGAUAUGCAAAACAAAGAAUGCAUGUUACAUCGAUGUACACAAUGUCCAAAAAAUACAUCUAAAUUAGAAGAAAAGCUAUUCAAACUAAUAGGGCAGUUUGAGGAAGAAGGUACUAUUGAAUUUAACCAAUGGAUUACUACUGAUAGAUCAGAUUUAGUUAUACAGCUUGUAACCAUACCAGAUUAUGUAAAUAUGGUGAUGGAAAAACUAGUCAAGCUAAUAACGCAUUCAUAUAUUUCUAAAUGCGAAUCUAAAUAUUUAAAAAAUCUUAAAGAAGAACUGCCAUCAGGUAGCGCAAUAAUUCUAGGAGAUUUUGCAGAAAACUAUAGUUUUGUUGUGCAGGAUGAAGUACAAGGUUUCCAUUGGAAUAAUCUUCAACGCACACUUCAUCCAGUUGUUGUGUACUAUAAAGAAAAUCAAGUGUUGCAUUCCACUUCAUAUUGCAUUACAUCAGAUGAUAACACUCAUGAUGUACCAAUGGUUUACGAGGUACAAAAAUCAUUUAUUAAUAAUCUGAAGCAAAAAUACACAGCAUUGGAAACGUGGUUUAUUUUUCUGAUGGCUGUUCAUCUCAAUAUAAAAACUGCAAAAAUAUAUUUAACCAAUGUCAGCAUAAAUCAGACUUUGGAAUAGAUGCAAAAUGGGUUUUCUUUGCAACCAGCCAUGGAAAGCAAUCUUGUGAUGGUAUAGGAGGAACAGUUAAACGGCUUGUAGCUAAUGCUAGUUUGCAGAGAAUUUCUACAAAUCAAAUAUUAAACUUACGUGAUAUGUUUACAUAUUGC